AUGCGGCCCGCGCAUCCCGCCGCCCUCGACAGGAUGCUGCCCGACUUAUACUCGAUCCCCGAACACAACAACAAUGCCUUGGACGCCAGAAAGCCUCCAUCUACCGCCCGACCUCUGACUGCAGGAGAUGCGUCUGCAUAUCCCAUGUAUCCAGGGCUUCAAAUGCCGAGAAUAGACCGAAAAUCGUCCAUGGAAGCACCGCCAGUCCUGAACCGCCCACGAAAGCUGUCAGGCACAUCGGAAUACUCCCGGGCAGGUGGGCGACACCAAGGGCCGGUAGGCUCAAGGACGAGGAGUCAGUCUUGGGGCAGCGGAUUCGACCCUGGACAAGUCGACUCAUCCACUUGGAGAUUGAGCUACAUGCCGCCGCAGACACCUACGCCUCUGAAAAAACAAAAGAGGAGAGCUAGACUUGGGGACUUGGUUGCUUCGUUACCAGGGGAGGUCUUGGAAGUCAUUUUCGAAAUGUUGAAACAGAUUCAUCUCGAGAACGGGAAUGAAAGUUGUGCUACAUGCUGGAUGCGAGAUGCCUGCAACAUUGCGGUUUGUUCUAGAAUGUGGUCCAAGGCUGCACGCCUGGCGCUAUACCAAGAUAUUCAAUUAAACGGUCCGGAUUCGGCAACCCAUAAGAAGAGGUUCAAGACGAUACAAGGGUGUCGUGUGGCGCUUUUGCGACGCACUUUGAGAGCCAACGCCGAAAUUGCGUCAAUGGUGCGCUCGCUCAAGGUUCCUGCGCCUGAAAUCAUAACUGGCAUGUCAACUACCAAGGGCUCUACGGCAUUUGAGCAGUACGAAGACAAUGUGGCUGCAUUGGUAAUGGCCUGUCCCAACCUUGAGAGGCUGUCGGGGCCAGUAUUUACCUACGACCAUUCCUUCAAGAGACUGUUUCAUGCCCUAUCUACGAGAGCUAAUCUGAAAGAUAUGAACUGGCUGAUUGAAUCAUGCGACUUGACAACAACAAAAGAAGUCGCCCUGGCCCCAGGUAAAGACUGUACUCUUGGGACCAACGACGAGCUACAGACUGAUCACCAGAUUGCCUUUUUGGAACAACAUCGAGCCUGGGCCAAAUUAACUAGCCUCUCUGUAGAGUGUUUACCUGACGCAACGCUUGCACCUCAAACAUUACUUGCCAGAACCCUGACACUUCUCCCUUCGCUGCAGCAUCUACAUCUUUGCAACUUGCCACCGAGUGCAUUCAACGAUGUCAAUCUCCUGUCUCUUCCCCCUUUACAAAGCUUGACUCUUUCAGGUAUCCGCGGCAUCUCAUCUAAUGGCCUUUCAUCCUUUGCAACACGAUCUACCAGCCAACAUCUUCGACGGCUCGUUCUUCGUCACACACCGCUCACCUCAUUACCCGCUCUCGCGCGCAUAUUGUCCAACCUGCAGUCCCUAUCGACUUUUUCACUGGUGCAGACUUUCCCCCCAUUGAUGCCCGAGUCAGACUCGUUUAUUCUUUGGAUGAUGCCAUACUUGGCGUCGAGGAGCGUCAAGAAUCUGCAUUGGGAUAUUACCAGUCAUCCAGAGUGCAGCAAUGCCGCAGACAGCAUUCUCGCGAGGAGCAUCGGAGCGGGUGGGUUCCCCUCGUUGAAAACACUACGAGCGCCCAAUGACCCGGAUGGCAUUUUUCAAGAGUUGUGUCGACCGGUGGAAAGAAUCGACCUGCCGAGCGACCGGCUCCGAACCAUGUCUGUCUCGGAAUGCGGAAGCGUGCCCAGCUCCCCGAUAAAGUAUCUCUCCAAAUCACCCACGACGAGCUCGCUGCCAUCCAUCAUGACCGUCAGCCCUCAUACCAACCUCGCCGUGGCGCGGCUGGCUGCCCAGGCACGCCUGGAUCGAGCGCGCGACUCCUACACGUUUCAAGUAAAUGUCACGGAUGAGGAAGGUGACCUGGUUGAGACAUUUGGGCUAGCAGGGUACAUUGGCACCGUGGGCAGCGAAAUCCACUAUCAUCUCCUCCCGGACGAGGGAUCUAGCGACGAAAAGGGCGGUCUUGUCGACGUCUCUGAUCUGCGUGACGACUUGGGUGACGGCCCAGCUGUGGGACGAGCAGGAUGCACGGGAAGUUGGAACUGGCGAGAGGGCGUUGUUGCUGAUAAGAGGGAAAAGGAAAGGUGGUGGCACACUGAGAGGACACGAUGGCGGAAAGUCGAGCUUUGA